AUGCCUGUCAUUGGCACCCAGAAUUAUUCCACCUGGGAAACCACAACAGUUGGUGCACAGAAUACCAAAUGCCUCAACUUCUGUAUGUUCCACACGUGUAACCAUGGACAAUGCUUGCAGCACCCGACUAGUUGCAAGACGUGGUGUGAGUGCUCGGAUGGCUUCUCGGGUGCGCAAUGCGAUAUCCAAGAACAGACAACCCCGACAUCACCGGAUUCUAUUAUACUGACCAGCGACAACCUUCAGAGCGCAACGCAAACAGCAACGAGAGGAAACAUUGGAAAGAUAUUCGCGGAAUCUGCAAAUUUUGAUGUUUCACAAACGAUUGAAAAAUUUGAGAUUUUCAACAACUUAGAAGAAUGUGCCUUAAGGUGCAUUGAGGGAGUGUGUACCUCAAAUGAUUCUUCUAUUCGCUGUAUUCCAAAGAAUUGUCCCAAAGGAUUCGCUUGUCAGAACGGGAUAUGUGAGUACAAAGACAACAGGGGUUUCCGGUGCGUGUGUGAGGAUGGGUGGGUGGGGGACUUCUGCGAUUCCAAGUGCCGUCUUAAUUGUGGCAACAAUAUUAUUACUGCAUGCCAAGAAAAAAGAAUUGUCCUCAAGGGUUUCCGUGUCUGCACUACUGUGAUUUUGGAAAUGACGGGAGGAGCGUGCGAUGCAUCUGUGAGCCUGGCUGGAUCGGGGAUAUGUGCUCCAGGAAGUGCAGCAUGGAGUGUGGAAACCACGGAAUUUGUCAUGUAG